CGAGAAAAGUCGCAGGGAGCAAUGCUUCCGGGGCACUAGUAUUGUGGUUUACCAUAGUUACAGGCGGUUGCUAUAGGGACAGGUUGCCUGCCAUAGUGGGACAGUGUAGUGCACUGGAGGCGGCUGAGACAGGAGGAAGACGUCAGUCACCUGAGGCGCCGUUUUUUUUUUAGUCGAUGAAGAAUGUGAAUAAGACUCUUUUCAAAGCCAUAGUGAUUCAUAUAACAACAGUGAACUGACCACCUGUCUUAUUCGUGAAGGAAUCACCACGUACCAUGCCAAAGCCUACUACAAGGAAAGAUCAUCAGUAUUAUUUUACCAGCAGACCACCCAUCCGGCCAUAUAUAUGUUCAACACCAAGAGAUUUUCUAGAAGAGAGAAGCUAUUUGGCUGAAGCAAUAUUCCCUCAGCUUGACCAUCUCUGUUUCACAAGAGGGACUUCAUUUCAACCCAUUGAUCUCAAUUGGCCAAAAGAAAAUAGAUCUGAUAAUGUGGAUUUCAAGUCACAUGUGCAUCAUCAUAUAACACGCGAGCAAUUAAAGCUGAGUUUGGAUCAUAUUAACAGUUCGGCCCCCUUUCUUAUAUGUAUACUUGGUCAUACCUAUGGGGACUGUGUGCAAGAGAGCCAGACCCAAGUAUCCUCUGAUUCUGCUGCUGAUGGUUUAUCAGACGUAGAGCAGAAUCUUCUAGUGGCAGCUAAUGGGGGCUACCCUUGGGUCUUAGAGGGAAGUAACAAGUCUUGUAGCUUCACAGAACUUGAGGUCAUUCAAGCUUUACUUUUGCAGGAUACUCGGUCUCAGUACUUCUACUUUAGAGACUAUCAGUAUCUAGAAGAUAAAUUACAGCAGGCUAAUGACAAGUGGAGUGUCCUAUCAUCUUUUGCAAGUGAAAAUGAAGUGGAAGAACUGAAGAUAUGGGAACUUAAGGUCAGCAUUGUGGACAGAGGAUUACCUGUGAGGUUUUUCAAGACAAAAGAAGAUCUUGGGACUCUGGUUCUUAGAGACUGGUGUGAUGUCAUUGAGAAACUAUAUCCCCUCAGCACCACACCUGUAAAUAUAGGUCAUGAACACAACCUUGCACAAGCCUACCACCAAGCAUACGCUGAACGUCUUUGCAAAGAGUUUGUGGCCUCACAAGGGUUAAACAAGCUCUUCACGGUUUUGGAUACGUUUGCAUGUGGGCACCUGACAAAUGAACAGACAGAUAGUGCCAGUGCAUCUUCAAGGUUGGAAACUGAGAAGUCCAUUCUGUUACUGCAUGGAGCCAGGGGCUGUGGAAAGUCAACAGCAGUGGCCCAAUGGCUGCGCUCAUUUAGAAGAUACAGCCCCAAUGUUUCAGUAAUCUCUUAUUUUGUGGGAAGUAGUGGACGAAGCGAUGACAUCUUGAGCUUCAUGCGACAUUGCAUCAUUUUGCUACAGUGUGAUUAUUUUGGUAUCCAGGUGGAUGAUUUUUAUUCCAGUGAGAACAUUAAGGACUUGUGGGAAUUCCCACUGCUUGUGGAGGCUUUCCUGGCAUCUGUUGCCCUAAAACCGUGUGUCCUUAUUCUGGAUGGAGUGGAUGAGCUAUCGGGAAUUCAUGGUGUAAAUGCACAGCAGGCAAAAGGGUUUGAUUGGCUUCCUUCCAAAUUACCCCAUUAUUGCAAAAUGAUUAUGACAGUCAGGAAUUCCCACCUGUCCUACAAAUGUUUGAUGUCACGUUCAGAUGUCCAGAUAGAAGAGUUGGAAAUUCAAUCAGAUAAAAAUGAACGCUUGUGCAUCUUCCGCAAGCACUUAGCAAUGCCAAGCCGAGAAGUGCCACCUUGUCUGAUGGAGAGCUUUGAAAACAAGAAAAGGAAAAUCAGCCCUCUUCAGCUGGCAGUCCUGGCUAGUGAGCUCCGUAUUUGCCCUGAUGUGGCCUACUGCAUUGACAGUCCUUUGGAAACCUUGUCCACAGAACAGCUAUGGUGGCUUCUCAUAAAGCACUGGGUUAAGCACUAUAGUUGGCCUUGUGAAUGGAAAAGGAAGAGUAAGACACCCAAGUCUGCUUUUGGCAGUGACAUUCAUAAUUCAGGGUGGGUAGUAGAUGUCUUGAGCUUGCUUACCACCUCAUACUGUGGCUUACAUGAAGAUGACAUUCUCCAGUUGCUGAAAAGAAUAGGGUAUGAAAACCAGUAUGAAGUAACCCCACUACACUGGGCAGCCUUUCGGUUAGCAACUUCAAAAUGGAUUUGGGAAAAACCAGAUGGAUUGCUACAGAUUCGCCACCAAUCCUUUAUUGAUGCUAUUGUCCAUUUACUAUUUGGUGUCGCCAUACCAGUUGGUGAAUGCCUGGAUUCUACUUUUCAGAACACCGUCAGUCGUAAAAGAAAACAUUUUCAUCACUGUCUUCUCAAGUACUUCCAGCAAACAGAAUUUUCUCGGCAGGUGUAUGAAGAAGUCCCUUGGCACCUGAAGAUGACUAGCAGGCUCAUUGAUUUGUACAGGUUUCUAUUAAAUCAAAGGACAUUAGACUUGAUCUGUAGAAACAUGAAGCAUGGAUGUCAAAUGAAAAUGGAUCUUCUUCUCUACUGGCAAAUGCUGUUAUAUUCAGGAAAGGAUCCAGCAACGGAAUGUCAAACAUUGCUACACAAUAUAACAGGGAAUGCUGCUGAUUUGACUUUAUGCAGAGUGAUCUUAUUUGCUGCACAGUGCCUCAAGGAUAUUGGGAAGACCAAAGAAGCUGGCUUAAUACUCUCAUCUAUCGAACGUCAUCUGGAAGCAGCAGAAAGCAGAAACAAUAAGGUACUGAUGUGGAGACAAAAAAUUUCUGGAGAUCUUUAUCGAGACAUUGGUUCCAGGCAAGAAGCAAUUAUUUAUUAUGAAAAGGCGCUGGAUAACCUUCAAGGUCUUAUCAAGAAUAAUUUACAGAUUAAUUACAAACUGCUGAAACUCCAAGAUAGGCUAUUGUGUUUGAAAGCAACAUUGGAAGCCCAAAUAUGCUAUGAACAGCAAAGUCAGAUACUUGAAAAUCCUAUUCAACAGCUCGACCCACGCACACUAGGGCCGUACGAACAAGCUGCACUGAAACUUUGGCAGGGUCUUUACAAAUUUAGUAUUGGUGAUAUUUCUGAAUCGGAAAAAUGUCUUAUUGAGAGUUUGGAUAUCAGACACAAGCUUUACGGCAAGAAUCACAUCCUGUGUGGAGAAACCCAGGAGUACAUAGCGGACAUACAGAGUCACCCAGGAUCCAGUAACUACUCUCAAAGGCAACAUGCAAUCGAAAACUACACAAAUGUUAUAAAAAUCAAAGAGGAGACUGAAAAAUACUCUCCAUCCCCAGAGAGGAGACAGUAUCUCAGGUUAAGUCUCAGCAACACAUUAGUGAAAUCAGGAAAGCUACUUUCAUAUGAUAGUUUAGGAAGCAGGAAAGAGUCUGUUGAAAUGCUUAAAAGAUCCCUGGACCUCAGAACCAGCAUUGUUGGCAUAGAUCACCCUUUGACCUAUGAAGUUCAACUUUGUCUGAAAGAAUUAAACCGUAGACCCCACUGGAGCAGCAAAGUGCCUGGAUUGCUGGAGGAUGAUAAGCAGCCUCCACAGAGGAAAUCAUAUAGUGCUCAACCAAGAAGACACCAUAGUAAUUCUGACUACAGCAGAAUGUCCCCAGAGGCUUUACAUUUCUCAUUUGGAAGUAGAUCAGAUCACUCUUUAGUAAUGUCCGGUAGCAGACUAGAACCCAUGACUGGUGCACGUCUUCUCAAGAACCCUAACAUGCAUUGUAAUCAAGAGGACCAGUUAAUACAGGAGCAAAACAAUGAUUCGGAAGCAGUCUCUGUGUUUCCCCUAUCACAGUUUAAAAAAAGGCCUGUAUCAGUAACAAGCUGCUUGACACAUAGCCUCUGUUCUCGUCCAGGGAGUGCUUGUCAGACCUCUAUGUCAGGUCCCCACAGUGAUCUUCUGUCUUUAGUUCCUUUCAGGAGAUCAUCAGCAAAAUCUGAACAUUGUAAAAUAGUUCAUAAAUCUGCUUGGUACCACAUUCCUGGACGUUAUCCAACACCGCAAACUUCUUUUCCACCCAAGAGACAUCAGGUCCGUAAAGACAUCUAAUCAUGCUAUGGGGUUUUCCAGUGUGGCAGAAAUGUCAUUUGCAGGUUGA